AGACCAAUGUUAUUCGUGUACUGAAUAUGUCAAUAUUCCGAUUCUUUUGUAUGUCAACAAAACAUACCCCCGUUCAGAGACUCAAUCUAUUUCAGAAAACAGCGCACCAAGAAAAGUGAAAAUAGAAUCCUUGGAAUUUCACCAUCUUAUAUUUAGAUAUUUUCUGCGUUGUUUAAUGCAGGCUCAUAGUCGUACGACAAUAAACAGCGUAACCUGAUACUUUAUUUUGAUAAAAACUAGGGUGUAUCGGUUCACUGCAUAUAGAAAAUGUAUUAACGGCUGGGCUGGUAUUGUCUUUUAACGUAAACAUUCCCUCCACUAGUUGUGUUCAUGUGGUGAGGGACUUUGAGAAUCCGGACAAACACACUACACAUUGGACAGUCUGUUGGAAGCUGGAAACUUAGCGCUUGUUUCACCGUCUACCAUGCAGAUCAAGAAAGGACCACUGGAGCUAUGUCUCAUCAUAACUUGUCUAUUGAUAAUGUCGGGAAUAGUAUCUGCUGAGGGAUGUGAUUUAACUAGUGUUCAUAAAUGUUUCUCGGACAUGAACAUGGCAGUGUUAUCUGAAAAUCAAACAGCAUUUUGCAAUGGUGAGUUGGGAAAGCUGAGCCGAUGCCUACAGCCGUAUGACACAGCGUGUCAGAAUGAUUCCGUGUACCAGCUGAAUGUCCAGGCUUUCCAACCAUCCACGUUUGGAUGCCAAGGUAACGGCAGUCUGCAAUGUGACAUACAAGCUAUACGAAGUUGCUCUAGUGAAUUGGACAUUUCUGCUUUAGUUUCAAAUCUAACAUUAUUCUGCAAUGUUGAAUUGAAGGGGGCAUUAGAAUGUGUUGGGAACUACAGAGAUAUCUGUUCUACUAGCCAGUAUUCUGAUCUAUAUAGUUCUAUUGUUUCCUCGCUUCAACCAGAGCAAUACGGGUGUUCUGGUACUAGCGGGACACAGUGUGAGUUAUUCACAGCAACAAAAUGCAUUUUGGAUUUCAAUAUUCAGCGUUUGGAGCAUUUUAAUUCCACUGGUUCCUGGAUGAAUGAGACCGCUCUAUGCCAACAUCUGAAAACAGCAGAAAACUGCAUAGCUCCUUACGAUAGUGCAUGUGGAACAAAACCAUCAUUUUCAUCGAUUAAGCAAUUUUUAAAGGAUGAUCGAUGUAAAGAACCGGUCACUGAUCCGACAAGCUCAUCAACACGCCUCGAGUGCGCUGUUACCAUCAUCGUGUGGUGUCUUAUCAGCUUACUUCAGUAUGAAUAUCAUAUUAGCUAAUUAUAUUAGCUUAAAUGUCAUUAGUCUCUCAAGUUAGUGCAUUUAUAAUAAUUGUACAUUCAAACAUUGUGUAUGUAUACGUCACAGAUUGGUGAUUAUUUAGUGUUGUACAUGUCUUAUUGAUUGUCUAAACGAAUCAACAUUUAUUUGACUAUAAAUUGAUAACUAAAACUGUAUCCAAUUUUUGUAUUUUUAAUAGAAUGCAUUAUGGUACUUGUACACCUUCAAAUUGAAGUAACUAUUUCGUGUUGUAUGUAUCAAUUAAACUAGAAUUUUUACAAUCAUUGGGAUUGUAUCUGAUGAGCAAUAGUGUAUAAGUUCAUUUGUGAAGGGGCUCAUUGUGAUGAAUACAAACAAUACAUGUAUGUACUUGUAAAUUUUUUAUGUAAACAUGUUAAUCAUUGAGUGAAUGACGACGAAAUGCAUACAAAAAGAGAUUGAGACAUGUUACCAUGAUUUAUAUAUGAAGCCUAAUGAUAAAGUACUUUAUUAUGUACUAAUUAUACUGAUCUGUGUAUUAUAAUACUUUACUAUGUAUUAAGUCUACUUAAUUGUAUGUCGCCAUUCUUAUUACUAGCCUAGUAUAAACCAAACCGUAUUACUUAUUACAUCAAACUCUCAUCCAUUUCUAUAUUAUAUAACUGAUUGUGUUUUACUCUAAGGUUUACAGUACACGGUACGUUAAGUUUUAAACUUUGUUUAAGAUAUAUUCCCUUCAACAAUUGAAUGAAUAGAUAUUCAUGUAUAUCUUAAAGAGUUAACUUAAAUAGGCACUCCAUCCUCUUUAGAAAGCAUAUUGUGUUUAAAAAGUGACAUAAGUCCCACUGUCCAGGUUUUUGGUACAUUGUAAAGUUAUGUAAAGUUUGAGUUGAAUAUUGUUAUGACAAAUGCUUCUACAACAAGAGCUGUUUGUAAAACAUAUGUGCCCCCAUGGUGCAAAAUUGAAAAGAAUGAUAGACAUGCAUCAUGUAAUUGAUAGUAUUAUCACCAAUUCCAAAAAUUGAGCAGACAAUAUCUUCCUGUGUCAGGAGUUGAUUAACCAUGUGACCUAAAAUGAAUAGGGGUCAUCUGCAUGUACUCCUUAUGUUGUACCGGUGUACCAAGUUUGGUGUCAAUCGAGUAAAUAAUUCUUAAAAUAUAGGAAAUAAUAUAUUGCCCCUUCACCUUUGACAACGUGACCUCAAAAUCAAUAGGGGUCAUCUUCUUCUGACGAUGUACCAGUGUACUAUGUUUGAUGUCUGUCAAACAAAAGGUUCUUAAGAUAUUGAGCGGACAGUAUUUCUAAACACAUGUGCAAAUGAUAUCUGUUGCAGUUGGAUGGUAUAUGCAUGUACCGCGUCGUUUGGAUACUAGUGCAGGAUUUAAAUAGAGUCAAAGGGUCUGAUUUGAUUUAAGUAUGCAAUGUGACCUCGGUAUGGAAAUGUAUACAAAUUUAAUACAUGUAUUUGAUUUACAUAUAUGUGUUGGAUUUUUUCAAAUUAAAAUAAAAAAAGCC